AUGGUAGGAAGGAAAAGUCCUCGCAAAAACACUCCUGGUACAGGUCCUACAAGAGGGAAAAGACUCCCAGCAACUGCUCGACCAAGGAGGUUUAGUUUAAUCUACAGUUCCGAUUCCUCAUCUUUAAGUGAUGUAAGUGAUGGAGAUGGCCACAACAAUAGACCACAUUCCAACAAGAACAAAAUGAAGAGACGUGGUGCUGAUAAUGUCAUAAAUAACUCUACAGGCAAACAAAGUAAACUGAUACAAGAAUCUAAUGAAAAUGCAUUGUCUUCAGAUUAUGAAGCGAUAGAUGACGAUAGAACGGACACAAGUAGUGAUGACGAUGAUGAUGACAGUGACAGUGACAGUGAUAGUAGUUCUGACGAUGAAAAUAUAGAUUUUGUCAAGUUAACAGCCCAAAGAAAGAAAAGAGCAAUGAAAGCUUUAUCUGCAAUAAAAAGAGGUCAAACGAAUAAUGGCAACAACAAAGACAAUAAUAAUGAAAACAAUAAUAACAAUAAUAACGAAGUUGUACCCGAGGGUUCAAGGACAAAUAAAGACCUUUCACCAAAGAAGGAAGAAGAAGAAGAGUCUAAUGCUAGUGUCGAAGAAGAUAUUGGCGAAGAGAUUGUAGAAAGUAGGAAAAGUACCCCAUCCAAAAACCUAUCAGAUGUUUCUAAAACGUUGAAUAAAUUACAUGUACCAGAGUUCUCUGAAGACUCAGAGGAGUCAGAGUAUGAUAUUGAUCACGAUGCAUAUUUCAGUAUUAUAAAUGAUGGCAACAAUUCUGUUGGUGAGAUCGAUACUGGUUUAGAAACCGGGGAUGAUGACUUACCUGUGCUUGAAGAAGAGGAACACAAUAUUGUCUCUGAAUUGCAAAAUGAUGACAACCUUUCUAUCGAUGAUAGUGCUCAAGAUGAAAGUACCGAUUUAAUGGAGCAUAAUAAACCAACCAAUCAAUAUGAUAAUGAAGAAGAUGAUGAAGAUGAAAUAAUGACAGACUUUGAUUUGCCUUUUUAUGAAGACCCCAAAUUUUCUAACCUCUAUUAUUAUCAAGAAGAAAAUGAACCUAGACUCAACUUAAACAGUACAUCUUUGCCGCUAAUACUAAACGAUGAAAGAAGAAUAAGAAUUCAAGAAAAAGAGGCAAGAAGAAGAGAAAGAAAAGAACGUAUCGAGGCUAGAAAAAUGCUAAGAAAGAAUGCUAAGAGUAAACCGGGCUUGGAUGGCGAUGAAUAUGUCUUCGGCGUCUUUUUCCAUAGUGAUAAUGAAGAUGAACAAGAUAAAGAUAAAACUAAGACAGAAGGUACCAGAAUAUAUACUGUUCAAAAUUCUGACUCUAGUGAUUCAGACGAUGAUUAUGACAAUAUUUUACUAGAUGUUGCCCAACUUCCCAGCGAUGACGAAGAACUCAUGGCAAUUGAUUCAGAUGAUAACGACGACUCUUCAGAAUUCGAUAUGUCAGCCGAAUCAGAUGAUUUUGAUGAGCUCGACGAUGAUAGCAGUGCAACAAAUAUUUUUAUUGACAUUGAUGACUUGGACCCGGAUUCUUUCUACUUCCGUUAUAGCGAUGAUGAGAUAUCAAAUUUCAGCGACAAAACACCUUCUAAAGAUUCCGAGGACGCUUCAAAUGGUGCUUUAGAAACUCUUGUUUAUGUCGAUGACGAAUCGACUGAUGAGGAUGAUAAUUUACCUCCUCCAAACUUACGGAAAAGAAAUGUUGGAACCAAAGCCAAAGAAAUUGUGAGCGCUAAUGUUGUCGGUCUAAGACCACCAAAAUUGGGUACUUGGGAAACAAACAACAAACCAUUUAGUAUCAUUGAUGGUCUGUCAACAAAAUCCUUGUAUGCUCUUAUUCAUGAACAUCAACAGUUACAGGAAAGAUCUCAAAGCCCUGAAUUAGCCGAACCUCCAUCUACCGAACAACAAUCGGGCGAAGAUAUGACAUUAAAUGAACUAUUAAAUAUGAGUGAACUAGAGGAAGGUGAAGGUGAAGAUACACCAUCUCAUCAAACAUUAUCAGUUUCUGAUUGGUAUAAUAAACCUAAGGUACCUCUAUCAGCUUUUAGAAAUAAAGGCGUCAGUAUUUACGACGAUGACGAAUACCUGACUCCUAGCUUAUCUGUUAAAAAAGUACCUAUAGGUUAUGUUGGCGGAGAACGUACAAGAAAGAAGAUUGAUAAAAUGAAAGAAUUACAAAGAAAGAGAACUGAGAAGAAAAGAACAUUAAAGAAAAAGAGAAAAUUAUUGAAAUUGAGAAGAAAGAGAGCAAGGAUGGAAAAAGAGAAGUUAUCAACCACAAGUGAUCCUACUGGUAAUGACGAUCUCCACGAGGGUCCAACUGAUACAACGGUAAAUGAGAGCAAGAGCUUGUCACACUCCGAAUUACCAGAUUUUGACGAGGGUCUCAGUGAUCAUAUUUAUGACACCGAAAAUAUGGGCUCUUCACAAAGGAAAGAUUCUCUCAAGAGUGUAGGCAUUGAUGAAAUACAUGAAAUCCUUGGAAAAGAUGACAGCUCUCUAUUGGAUAACCAUCAUUCUCAACUAAUGUUACAUAACGAUUUGGCACACGACAAACACCAAGAUGAAAAUGCCAUUGCUGGAGCUGAUGCGGACAUUCUAGCAUCGUUAACCGCCCCAGUCGAUUUUGACGAUUUCGAAAAUACAUCCUCAUCGUUAUGGAAGCAACGCAGACAUAGCAUGGCAGAAGCUGCAGCAGAAAACCUGAGAUUUACGAAGAAUGGGUUGUUCAGUGAGGCUGCACUUGCCAAUUUAGAAAGUAUAAUUGAUAAUGAGGGCCCUUCAGACACUUUCGAAUUUAAUGAGGUCCUACAAUAA